CGCCGCGGCGCGCCGGCCGGCCGCCUGGACCACGUCCGGCAGCCGCUAGCGGCCACCGCAAGGCUGUGACAAACCAGACGCUGUCGCUCCAAUAUGCCGGCCACCAAGCUUGCUUACCACGUGUGCAACACUACCAGCGAGGACCAUGAACAUCCAGCCAAGGAGCUGGAUGUCCAGGCGCCGCACUCGCGCGGCUGGCGGUCGCGCCAGUUUUGUAUCUACCCGCAGGAGAUCGCCUUCCAGCUGGGCCUGCGCACCCACAUCAGCCGGAUCCAAGUGUUGUUGCACCAGCUGCUCGUCCCCGAGAGGAUCGACUUCUUCGUGGGGGACGUGGAGCGAGGACGAGACGAGACAUACGCCAACGCCCGCUUCGCCAAGCUCGGCUACGUCGCUCUGGCUGCGGCCGACGAGUCUGGUGGCAAGGCGCGGGAGCUCAAGUCCGUCGCCGUCGACUGUGAGGGCCUCUUCAUCAAGCUGGUCAUCCACCGCAACCACAUGACCAAAGCCAACAAGUACAACCAGGUCAGCAUAGUCGGAGUGAACUUCUUGGGUGAGGAGAAGGAAGCCAACAACAACACGGUGGCACCGGCCCGGUCAGGCUCGGCGCCGCUGACGCAGGACGGCAUAUCCAACUACGACGACCUCGCCUUCAACAUGUACACCGAUUACGAUAGCGCCAAGUACAUGCGCAAGCUGGAGGCCAGGAAGGCCACCGCCGCCAAAAAUGAGCGGUUUGACUACGCCCAGAACUGCAAGGAGGCUGUGGACCUGCUGCAGAAGGCCGGCCUGCGGCUGGGGAAGUAUGAGAUCGAGAAGCGGAUGGCCAUCGAGGAGGAGAACUAUGACAGGGCCAAGCAGAAGAAGGAUCACAUAGAGGAGUACAAGGAGGCCGUGAUGGAGGCGCUCAAAGUGCAGCAGCUCAUGGAGGAAGACGGGACCAACUCCAACAACGACAUCCUGAUGCGACUGGAGCUGCCGCCGCCGCCGGCGCCGGUGCCGCCGCGGCGCGCUUUCACACCGACGGGCCCGGGUGCUGCCGCCUGGUCCCCACCGCCGCCGCGCCGCCGGCCAAAGCCGCUCAACAAGUACGAGUGCAAGCGGCUGGCCGCCGAGGCCGGUAUCAUCAACGGAGAGGACGAGUCGCCAAAAUCGUCAAACCUCAGCGACGAAGAUCGAAAGAUGGCCUCCCUGCCCAUCGAAGUAUUUGGAGAGCCUUUGGUGGGAAAUUUCUACGCCAAGAGUUUCACACAGAAAGAGGAGGGUCUGCGCGGUCUGAUGGCUGCGCUGAAGGCCGACGACGGCAGCGUGAAGGCCGACAAGAUGACCCGCGCUGCCACGAUGCUGCUGCAGCGGGUGCUGAAGGACAAGGUGUACACCGUCACCCAGUUGGCAACGGAGACGCUCGACUUUCUCACCGGGCCGUACGCCGCGCAGCACAAGACGUCGCGGCGCGAGCUGAGUAGCACCAUUGAAGCCACGCUACCCGAGCUGGUCCUGAAGACGGGCGACAACGCCACGCGCGUGCAGACGCUGGCGGUGGAGAGCCUGCUGCGGCUGGGCAGCGCGGCGCACGCGCGUCAGAUUCCCGCCGUGGCCUCGGCGCUCACCGUGCCGCUGCAGGGCGCCGUGCAGACGCGCGUGGCGCUGGCCAAGCUCGACACCGUGGAGCGGCUCGUCACCAAACACGGCGUCAGCGCCGAGGGCGACAGCCCAAUGUCGGUCAAAAACCUGGCCCUGUUCGCGCUCUCGGCGGUGGAGCACCCCAACGACGGCGUGCGGGCGGCCGGCACCCGCCUGAUGGUGCUCAUCUAUCCGGAGAACCGCAAACUCGUGCGCAAACUGCUGCCAGCCGACGACAAGAAGACGCGCAAAAGUCUCACGUACCGUACCCUGUUCGCGGAGCUGGCUAAGUUGGACGGGAAGUCCCUGUCGGCGAUGAUCGCAGAAGCGGAUGCAGAGGACGAGGACGACGAAGACGAUAGAACAUGCGUGUUUUGUGGGGACAUCAAUGACAAGUACGUCACCGAUGAGGGGAUCGAGUACCACUUUUGGAAGCAAUGCCCCAUGCUGCUGAGGUGCAGGAACUGCAAGCAAGUCGUGGAAAUACCCAGCUACACCGAACAUCUCCUCAGCGAGUGCAAGGACCACGCGAACUACCAGUGCUGUGAACGCUGCCAGGAGGCUAUUCCCCGACAUGAAUUUGACGAGCACGUGCGCUCGUACAUCUGCAUGCCGGCCCGCUCCGGCCCGGCGGGUAACCACUGCCCGCUGUGCCACCGCAACACGGCGCCCUACGAUUCCGGGUGGCAGGCGCACCUUAUCACGGAGUGCCCGGCCAACUCGCGCAACAGGCACCUGACCAGCGCCAUCAGACCGAAGCCCGCCACCAAGGGACCGAAAUCCGCCGCCAAGAAACCGAAGCCCGCCAUCAAGGAUCCGAAGCCCGCCGCCGAGGGACCGAAGCAGCCCGCCACCAAGAGGUCGAAACCCGCCGCCAAGGGACCGAAGCCCGCCAUCAAGGAUCCGAAGCCCGCCGCCAAGGGACCGAAGCAGCCCGCCACCAAGAGGGAACCGAAGCCCGCCAUCAAGGGGCCAAAGCCCACCGCCAAGGGGUCGAAGCCUCCUGCCGAGAGACCGAAGUCCGCCACCGAGGGGUCGAAGUCAGCCACCAAGGGGCCGAAGCCCGCCGCGAGGGGACAGAAGCCCACCAUCAAGGGGUCGAAGUCCGCCGCCAAGGGGCCGAAGCCCGUCACCAAGGGGCCGAAGCCCACCGUCAGAGUACCAGGGCCCGACGCCAAGGGACCGAAGCUCGCCGCCAAGGAGCCGGAGUCCGUCGCCAAGAGGCCGAAGCCCACCAUCAAGGGGUCGAAGCCCACUGCCAAGGGGCCGGAGCCCGUCGCCAAGAGACCGAAGUAA